AUGGCUUCGACGCUUUGGCGCACCGAGUUGCUAAUGCUGCGAAGCGGCUCUUUGGCAGCACUCCGGCCAUCAGGCACGAUGAAGUCGCAGUGCAACCAGACAACAAGGGCGAAGGCCAUGCGGAAAGGUUCCCGCGGCCUCGGGCUGUACCACAACACUUUCGCAAACCUUGCAAAGUGGUCCACGGCCGGCUUUUCAUGGAUGGCCAGGGCUCACAUUUUCGUCAUCGCGGUGAAUCGAGACGCAGGCCCGUCACCGGUGCAGCCGGCUGUCAUCAUGCCCAAGUUCUGCUCCGCCCACUGCCUCAGGCUUGGCUGCUGA